AUCUCGUCGUGGUAGGCUGUUUGUCUAACAGCAGACUCUUGCGGAACCAAAUUGGUAUCUGGAAAAAGGCACUUCUUAGCCUUCUCCUGCAUUGAGACUCGUGAGUGAGUGAAAGUGUGUGUGUGGGUGCGAGGUGGUUGUGGCUUUGGUUGUGUGUGGCUUUUAAGCGCAACAGUCGUUUCAGACAGGAUUCUCGAGUGUCGUCUUCGAGUGGCCAAACGAUUUUACAUUUGCAGUAAAGGAUCUGAAGUCAGUGCUUGCUAAGAAGUUGAAGUAGGCGGUCUAGUCCGAAACCUGCGGAGCAGGUUGCAGUGUUGGGCUAAAAGGUACCCUUAGUGAAUUAGUGAUUCUAUUGAUGUGGAACAGUGGAACUUUCAGCGUUGUAAAAUUAGAACGAAUAAAACUCAGUUUGAACAAUUUUAUAACAACUCAACCGGCUAUAAUGGAGUGACAUAACAUCAGUAUUGUUCCGGUAGAUAGAGAUCGCCAUUCCGUCACGAGAACAAAGUCGUUCAACGGGGCUCUCAGUGAGUUGCAAUGCAAACAACCGACCCGGGGGGAAACGGCCAGGGACCCACUGCUGCGACGAACAACAGCUACAACAAUACCACGUCGUCAUCGACUUUACCGCCAAAACCGCCACCACCGUUGCCCCCGGCGUCGGGAUCAUGGGCAUCGCUAAAGGCUGGCAUCCUGCGAUGGCGCGGUUCGAGACGCCUGGUACUCGUCAUCGUUGCCAUUGCACUGCUGCUCGACAAUAUGCUGCUGACCGUCGUUGUGCCAAUUAUCCCCGAGUUCCUGUAUGACAUAAGGCACCCGGAUGCACCGCUAGCUAGCUUCCCGAAAACGCCCCCUACGACGUUAUCUCCCUGUGAAAAGGAGUCUACCACACCGUACAAUGGGAUUGACAUCACCACUCCUGGUUAUGAUAACGCCAGUUGGUAUGCAGAACGGGAGGAACGUCACAAGGAACUGGUGGAGGAAACAGUUGAAGUUGGUCUCAUGUUUGCGUCGAAAGCCUUCGUCCAGCUGCUGGCUAAUCCAAUAGUGGGGCCAUUAACGUAUAAGAUAGGAUACAGCAUUCCCAUGUUCGCUGGGUUCGUUAUUAUGUUCAUUUCCACGUUGAUUUUUGCAUUCGGUAGAACGUAUUCCGUUCUCUUCUUAGCUAGAGCAUUGCAGGGUAUUGGCUCGUCCUGUUCGUCCGUGUCUGGCAUGGGAAUGCUGGCCGAUCGAUACACUGACGACAAGGAGCGUGGAAACGCCAUGGGUAUAGCAUUAGGUGGAUUAGCUUUAGGUGUACUUAUAGGACCCCCCUUCGGCGGUAUCAUGUAUGAGUUUGUCGGAAAAUCGGCACCUUUUCUGAUCCUGUCGGCUCUGGCACUAGGCGAUGGUCUGCUUCAGUUAGUGAUGCUGCAACCAUCGGUGACAAUUGAGGAAUCUAAUCCACCAUCGCUGAAAGAACUGGUGAUGGACCCGUACAUCAUAAUCGCAGCUGGAGCCAUCACAUUCGCUAACAUGGGUAUCGCUAUGCUGGAGCCAUCGUUACCAAUCUGGAUGAUGGACAACAUGGGUGCCAGUCGAUGGGAGCAGGGUGUAACCUUCUUACCUGCCUCGAUCAGUUAUCUCAUCGGAACGAAUCUCUUUGGACCACUAGGGCAUCGAAUUGGACGAUGGCUGGCAGCACUUCUCGGUCUAAUCAUCAUCGGACUUUGCUUACUUUGUAUCCCCAUGGCAACAUCAAUUCAUCACUUGAUUCUACCCAACGCAGGACUAGGAUUUGCUAUUGGCAUGGUAGAUUCGUGUAUGAUGCCGGAAUUGGGUUAUUUGGUCGACAUCCGACACAGUGCUGUAUACGGUAGUGUUUAUGCUAUCGGAGAUGUAGCCUUCUGUUUGGGUUUCGCUAUUGGACCCGCUCUAAGUGGCACCUUAGUAAACUCCAUCGGUUUCGAGUGGAUGUUGGUGGGAAUUGCAAUUCUGUGCUUCAUAUAUGCACCGUUGCUGACACUGCUGCGGGCUCCGCCCACCAAGGAGGAAAAGAAGUCUCUGAUUGUUGGCGAGCGAUCAUCGGUAAGGUAUGUUACGUACCAGAAUGAAGAUGACGACGAGUAAAACUGAUUAGCCAAAUGGAGUUUUGAAAUGCUGCACACUGUACGUAUACUCAAAACAGCUUCACGGAAGAAAUGAAUGUUUUCAAAGGUUUGAUAGUAAGUAGCAAGAGCAGAACCUAACAAUGUGGCCAAGGUACAUUUUAGAAACAUUUUUAAAACUAACAGUUUGAAAGGUUUUAAAUUACAGAAAAAAUAAAGGAAUAUUUAUUACUGGGAAACUACACUUGUUUAAAAGAGCACAGAAGAAAAAAAACUACUUGAAGAACAAUGAAUCGUAUAAAUAAAUACAAAUGUACACGCUAGGCGAAAAAAAACACUACCCAAGUACACUUUGAAAACUAAAACUAUAAGUACCAGCGCGUAUUUCCAUCUGAAUGAAAACCGAAUGGUACGCAAAACAAAACUUUUAGCUCAUAAUUAGGAUUACUCCCUGCGAACUUUCAAAGUCAAUCGGUUUCCGGGGUGAUUUCGGUUCCUGUUUCGAUGAAUUUAUUUGAAGGCUCUUUUUAAGUCACAUUCAGCGAAAGCAUUGUUUGUAUCUGUUACACGCGCAAUCAACCAAUGACAUCUACCGAAAUCACAACCGAAACCGAAUAGCACCAUAGCAACCAGCAGAUCAAUCAAUCACAUGACACUUGAAACCGAAUGAAGUUGUUUUUGGGAAAAUAAUAAUUUGUUGUGCUCAUUCAAACAAUUCAUCUGUCAUGUAAUAUGCGAAAUAUAAUAAUUCAACAUGGAUUUCUUGUCAUAUUGAUAUUUUAAUACAAUGACAAUAUAUUUACUUAUAUAAUUAAUACUGUGUUGGCUCUAUCAAUAACCUAAAUAAAUUUAGUUUGCUAUAUGCUAUUCAAAAUAUUAUUCUUCCAAAAACAUUUCGUUUUUAAUAAUAUAGCUUUUUCAAAACAGUACAAUAUGGCCCUACAGUCAUGUAAACAAUUAAUCUGCAUAUUUACAGGCUCGAAAAGCAUGUUAAUCAGAGAUUUGAUUAUUUAUGCGCAGUAGGCUCAUAAUUGAAACUGUAUGAGUUAAAUGUGAAUAUUUCUUGAAAAUUCCACAAUUUUUGAAACUCUACUGAAGUAUCAAAAUCAUUUACUGGAUUAGAGUUUCAGGAAAUACAGGAAUAAACUAAGAUUCGAUCAUGUCUGGUCUUUGCAUCGUGGUUAUAAAAUGCGAUAGAGAAAAAUACUAACUGUCGUAGUUCUAACGAUAUAUACAUACAUAAAAGUUUAUUUAAUCUUCCGAAUCUGUUAAUAAUUUCUAGUAGUUCGUUCUGACACAGGAUGGGAAUAAUUUACUAAUUUUUAACAAAAAAAAACGAAGGAUGAUCAUACCUUUCUGUACAAAUCGGAUCAUCUUGUUAUGGCUAUCUUAUAAACAAUUCAGUUGUUUACUUUAGCAAUCAUAUAUCCAACUAAAACUAUCUGAAGAGAAACAUAACCUAUAAAAAUAUACAAAUUACCUAAACAAAAGAACUAUUUUGUGCAGAAAACCACUGGCAACUGAUUCGGGUGUUUCGUUGUCCAUCAAAUGUCCUAAUUAGUAUAGUGCAUGUUUUAAAUGAGAUGUAUAAAUAAGAAUCAAAAAAAUACGGAUGAUAUCCAUGCAAAAUUUGAAUGGCUGCGGAUUUUGCUGUAUAUCGUCCCGUUACAGGAACAACGGAAAUAUGUUUUAUUUAACAAUUUCUAGAUGAAGUAAACAAGUAUCCAUAGCAAUACGAGUAAAGCUACACGUUUCACCAAUAGAAGCUAAAAUAGAUAUUGAGUUUAUACAAAAAUAUGAAUUAUCAUAACUCACAAUCAAAUAGAGACGUUGUUGCAAUAUGCUUAAUUCAUAACAGUGCAAUGGAGACUAGCACCAAAAGGUCCAGUUAGAUAUCUGUACCUAAUACAUUGGAAGUGUUUGGAAAAAUCGUUAGAUUUUUCAUAAUUUACUAAAAUUUAUAUAUGUAUAUCUGUGAAGUGCGUGGUAUAAAUCGGGCUCUGAAUAUAUUUAAUGAAAUAAUUGGGUUCCAAUCAGAAAGGAUUGAUAGUGUUAAGAGGAUCAUUGUGCUAGCCCAGCAGUGGUUCUGUACGCUAUGAAUCGGCCGCGAAAUUGGACAUAAAGGAAUGUAAAGUCCCUACCAAUACCAUAGCUUUUGUAUCCACGACCACGAUCUUCAUCCAACUAUUCAUUGUUUGACGACAUGAAAAACAAGGAUGAAGUGUGAUGUAUCAUGUGGUUUUUACUGCUAGUGAUAUAGGAUGAAACAUAUACUACCGAUUCUUAAUGUCAUACAUGUGGGCUUUCUUAAAAAAACAUAACACAUCUACUAAUAAAAAAAACUUACCACAUUAUUUUCAAUCUGUCAUCACACACUAUACAAUCAUGAAUUGCUGACUCAAUCAAAAUGCGUUGUACAGGUACACUACUCAUAGUAUUUACUCUUAAUUUGAUGUAUACUAAUUUUAGCAAAAGUUACAAUUAUCUUCAAUUCAAUGGUAUAAUCCAACUUAAAUGUAUCGAUGUUCUCCGAAAUGCUUAAUAUAUAUCAAACUAAUAACUACUACCUAUACGCAAAGAAUGUAGAAAAAUUCGGACCUACUUGCGCCGUGUUAUUGUGAAUUAGACAAUAACUACUAACGUCUUUUGGAAAUGUAACUACAGCAAAACAGUUCAACAUAUUUUGCGAGAACCAAGCAAACUACAUUGGAAUGUGGCAAAUGAAAAAUAUUUCUCAUGUGAAAUUCUAUCUAAGUCAUUGUAUAAGAGCGUUUUUCAUUUAUAAACGAUGUUUUCAAUUGUACUUACUUAUAGGCUGGUAUGGGGUCACACAUCAAGGAAUCAUUAGAACACUUAGGCAACUUAUGUAACAUUUAAAUCGGUACACACAAAUCUAUUCAACACAUGAAAACAAAUACUCAUACUCAUACUCAUAACACCUACACACAAUAGGUAACGUAUCGUGAAUACGAUUGAGCAUUAUCACUACUAACAAUCAACCAAACUUAACUAAGUAUAGCCCACACAAAUUAAGGUUCAUAUACCAAUAUGAUAGGUUUGCUAAACUAAUUGUAUAUCGAUGAGAUCAAAUCACAUAGCUAAUAAAAAGAAAUAAGAGCCCACACACAUAGAGCGAAAAUUUUCCAAUAUAAAUGAACAAACGAUUGUAAACCCGUACACGAUGAUAUUUGGGGUAUGAUAGAGAACCUUUAACCGAAGCUUUACAUUGUAAAAUACACCAGACAGGUGCAAGUAAAGGGUGCGUUCCAACACGUAUGCCUGAGAGUCAUCACCAAUAUAUUAAUACGAUAUUUUUAAAGUAAGUAGUUGAAUCAUGACCAAAAUAUUUACAUAUGAGAUCUACACAAGGAAUAAAAAACAGAUAGAGAAUCUAUUACAAUAAUCAAGAUACAAUAAUUGUAUACACGUUGUAACAAAUUUUACAGAGGAAACUUAUACGAUAAAAUACAACUUACUAAACGAAGUGAUAGGUGUACGAACAAGUGUAUUGAAAUUUAAGCAAACCAAAGCUGGCUAUAAAAUGUUGAACUAUAAUUACAAUCAAAAUAAGACUACAAACAUGUAUGUACAAUCUGCAAGCAAAAAAGGGGAACACUAAUAAAGUUGUUGGUGAAAUUUA